AUGUCUCUCCACCGGAAGCCAGGCUUCCAUCGUGGUUGCGACCUCGUUGUAGCACGCGCCUAUCCUCUUGUAACCAUCAAUGGGUAUCCCGAGUCCGACUAUGAGAAGGUUCAACAGACAGGAACUGGAUGGAUUGGUGUGCCGUGGCGGGACCGAGGCCGGCUGGUGCAGGUCGAGCACGCCUCCCACGUGACAAUCACCGACUUCGAGAGUCUCGUCAACCUACGCCACUUACACGUUGCACCGUUUCUAGGGUUAUACUACAAUAGGACUUCAACAGACAUCGUUUAUGAACGCCUCGAUCUUGACCUGUUGGACAUCUGCCCGCUCGCGUCCGAGGCUGAAGUCGCCAGUGUGCUUGCUCAGAUGCUGUCAGCAAUCACGCACCUCUUGUCGUCACCAGUAGAUGUACGAAUCGCUUCGGUAAGAAUUUCCAUGUUUGGACUUGUCAAGUUAAGUACGCAUUUCCGGUUGACCGUGUCGAUGUUCUUCGUCGUCUCAGCCACCCGACAUCAUCCACAGGAACGUGAUGCACCGCUUCAUGGUGUCAUACAUAGAGCAAGUGGCCAAGGUGGCAUGUCCUCGUUCCCAUCACUUUUGGUCACAUUACAGCACUAG